GUCGAAUUGGCUUCCCACCCGCCACAAUCGCAAUCGAGAACAGUCUUCGGGCCGAUCCAUUGCUCGCAACAUGAAUGCAUCGAGAUAUCAACGUACCUGACGCGGCUUCGCCUCAUCCUCAGCAGGGUACCAUUUCUGGGCCUUCUCAGCCGGCGCAGGCACCGACCGAGUGGACUUGCCAAAGGUCUUCGUCGUGGGAGCCGACAUUUUGGACUUUGGCUGUGUGGUGAGGUUAGUAGGUUUUCGUGGUCGGUCGUCAACUUGACUGCUGCUGGAGAUUUUGAAAUGGGCGAUUGGCAACCUGGUUGUGCGCAAGUUCGAAAAGCACCAAACCCCAAGCUAGCCGCUUUCGGAUUUUCGGGUGGGUCCGCGCCUCAGGCAGAACAGUGCGCACAGACCAGCUGCCGGCGUAGGGUUUUCCGCCCUGUUUGGCGAUUUUGGCAUCCACACCCACUCAAGAUUUUGCUGGACUGAGUGUUUGGUACCUACGAAAGCCUUUGCUCCCUGGAUACUAAGACUCGCUGCAGUCAACGGAACCGUCGCCCAUCGCCCUUUCGACUCGACGACAAAAUCCCACACGAUGUCUUCCGGCAAGGUCAAGGCUGGCCAAUUAUGGUCUAAGAACAAGGACGAGCUCACCAAGCAGCUCGGUGAGCUCAAGACGGAGUUGGGCCAGCUUCGCAUCCAGAAGAUCGUUUCUUCCGGCACCAAGCUUACCAAGAUCCACGAUCUCCGCAAGUCGAUUGCCCGCGUUCUGACCAUCAUCAACGCCAAGCAACGCGCUCAGCUCCGCCUCUUCUACAAGAACAAGAAGUACCUCCCCCUCGACCUCCGCGCCAAGCAGACUCGUGCCAUCCGCCGCCGUCUUUCUCCCGAGGACGCCUCCAGAACUCUUGAGAAGACCAAGAAGCGCCAGACUCACUUCCCCCAGCGGAAGUUCGCCGUCAAGGCUUAAAUUGGCGUUUCGAGGAUAAUGGGACGGUUGUACUAGGGCACCAGCGGCGCGGUUAAAAAAAGGUCUUCCACUCAGCACACUGCAUCAUCCCAGGGUCAUCUGCUUUUAGGGUUUUGGGGUGUUUACGAGGUCAAUGAUUUUUCGAUGCGGCUAGGUAGCUUUACUGCUACCGAAUCAAAGCUUUGCACUAAACACCCACAUUGGAGGUCUCUCGGAGGUGAUUCCACAUGGAAUGCUAGUUGCCAGAUAUAUGAUACCCUC